AUGGGGAAGAAGGACAAGAAGCCUGCCACCGCUGUGGCCGACACGGCGGCCGACAUUGACGAUAUCUUUGCCGCACCGAAGAAGUCAAAACCUGCUGUUGCCGAGCAGCCCUCUUCGUCCUCGAAACCCUCAAAGUCCUCGUCAAAGGAUAAGUCAAAAUCCUCCGAGAAGAGCGAAAAGGCGGAGGAGAAGGAGAAGAGCGACAAGAAGGACAAGUCUGAGAAGAAGGAGAAGAAGCGCAAGUCCGAGUCUGAGGAGCCGGCCAAGAAGAAGAACAAGAGCGAGCGCGUGGUUGAGGAGGUCGUCGACCCGUCCCUUGCCGUCAAGGCUGCCGUUGAGAAGGCUAAGCAGAAGCCGGUCAAGGCCGCUAAGGCUCGAGGAAAGGAGGUCGAGGAGGACAUGGCGUUCCGUGACUCGAGGGGAGAUGCUGGACGAAAACGCACGGAAGAGGGCUACCUCGUAUUCAAGGAGGCCGAGCUCGGUAUCGACCCCGAGGCGGGCGGCACGCCCUUGUGCCCGUUCGACUGCGAAUGCUGUUUCUAA